UAUUAAUUCGAUUCGUCAAUCUGAUUAUGAAGAUGGCUCAGAUAAAUAUUGAAUUUUGCUAACUGACAUUACAAAUAAUAACAUAACCAGGAGUAUUGAGUUCAGAAAAACUGUCAAUUUCAAAUAAAAUUAUUUUUGCCUUAAAAUUAGCAUUUCAGGUCAAUGACGAAAAAAUUUACCGUUCUUUUAUUAUGCGUGUUUUUCCACACAUCCUUCUGCCGUAAUCGAUUAAACUGUCCUGCAUUUUACGGAGUUAAAAAUGUGAACAUGACGAGUCUGGUUGGAAAGUGGUACGAGAUCGAGAAGGUGAAAACUCCAUUUGAGGGGUUGUUCUUCGCAUGUACAAAAUUAGAACUCUCUUUGCCAAACGAUUUCCACGCCACAGGUCAGAAAACCUUAAUUGCGAACAAAACUGGAACCGACGGUCAUCAGUACGAGUCACUGAUAGGAACACUCAGACAAUCCCACCAAUCGAAAGGCGAAAUGCACCUGCGUCUGACCAGAAGACUGCGAAAGACAUACAACGUUAAACUAGUAAUGUUCGACGAGAACCAAUACGCAGUGUUCUACGGUUGUGCUAAGCUACAAGGGCCAGAUAACGAGUACCUCUUCAUUUACAGUCGGGAGAAGACACUGCCUUUCGAAGUGCUGAGACAGUUGAACAAAAACCUGCGGUACAUGGGGGUGAAAAUGAGUAGUUUGAUAAUGGUCGACCAGUACAAUUGUACCAUUCAAAAAUAACACAUCUAUUUGAAUAUGGAAAGAUUUCGGCUUCAUUUUGAAACAGUCGAUUAAAGUUGAAGAAGUAAUCGGGUAGAGGUGCUUACUUUAUAUAUCGACUUUCAAAGUCGAGCAAGCACAUGGCAGUGUUCGACCGAAAAAAAAUUAUUCGAGACAGGGGUUUGGGUCGAGCACGAAUUUUCAAUUAGCACCCGGCCCAGCUCCCAACAUUGGGCCUAUUUUUCGUACAGGAGACAGAUGUCAUCAAAUAUUCCGCAGUUGGACCCAGCUUGAUGAGGCGGAUGGCACUGGGACCCCUCCAACCGGGACCGUAACGGGAUUCGAAUCCAAAACCUUUGUGUUAAAGGCCGUGCGUCUUAUCCACUCAGCCAUAGCUGUUCUUUCUAGCACAAUCGAAACAUACCUACAUUACGAGACCAAACUGUGCGUUUUGUGAAUUGUCACCGGAUUCCGCAUCAAUAACGCUCCUUUCUUCUUCUUUUUCUCGUUCAUUUUCUUUGAUCGUUCCGACAAAACUAUAACUUGUUUAAAGACUUGUCGCUGGAAUCCAGGAACACAGAUACAAAACCCUGCCCUUAUCUAGUGCAGAACUUGGCCUCGUAAAGUAGAGCACGGUCGAUCACGGUCAAAACAUACCUCAAGCACGGUCGAGACCGAUUGUCCCGCGGGAAU